AUUGGCUUGCCGAGUAGCCAGCCAAGCAUUGACGCCGUAUCAAUAGUCUAUCCACACAAGAAUUAUCGCAAGCCAUCUUUAUUCUUGACUAUAGAAAUACAAAUUGAUGACAAGAAUGUGUCUUCCUGUUUCGAUGGGAUAUUAG